GGCAGUAUCUCCACAUUCACACGCAACCAGUAGCAGUUUUGAAACAGACAGAUUUCAAAUAUCAGAACAUAGCAGGGCUCAGGAAAUACUGGAAAAUGCUGGUAUUUUAGAAGGUAGAAAGAAACAGCACAUGCUGCUUAUCAAAGAUAAAUGGAAACUAGAGCUGCAAUGUCAGUAGAGCAGCUGAAAGGAGUUUUCAGUGUUCUUGGGAAAUGAGGAGGAAAGAAGGCAUUUUAAGGAGUGCUUAACUCUUCUUAAAUAAACCAAGGGGCUUUUCUCUUGGAAACAAUUUUGUGUUUUUGAUUGUUUCAUCACUGGCUAUUUCGGACAACAGCUUUGGAAUUCUAAGAGACAGAAGUAAGAGAGAUUGCUCAUUUUUCUUCCUGUAAAUAUGAACAAUUUGAAAGAAUUUGUCUUUAACUGAAGAUUUCUUUCGCAAGGUGGACUCUUGGGUGUUUUUUUUUUUGGAAAUUGUCUUUCUUUUGUGGAGCAGAAACAACAAUGCAGGCAGGCAUAGCUUUCCUGUUACCGAAAAGGGGGGAGGGUGGAAAGGAAGGAAAAAAUGAAUUAAAGAAAGGAAAAGAAGAAGAGAUCUGGCGACAGUAAGUCGUAAAAGGAAGCAGAAGAAGGGUUUGGUGGAAGCACUUGCAGGGUGCUUUUACUUGGGAGUUCAGAAGUGCUGCACCUCAGCAAGAAGUGAAGGUGUGGAUAUUUGGAUUUGAACGCUGGAGGUUGGUAGGCAACAUUAGCACAGCGACAAAAGUAACACUUUUUACUUCUGUUUUCCAUUUCAUUAUUUCUCUGCUAGUGAAAGGGACUCGGUUUCAACUUCUAAUGCAUGUUUUCUUUGAUGUCUAGAGAAAUCAUUGAGGCUAAGCAUUGAGGAAUUUGUGACUAAAUGAAAAUGCUUUGAAUAAGAAAUCUGAUUGUAGACACAAAUUGAUAUGGAUAACAAAGCUCUUGUUUAAUCUUGUUUGCAGUGUACUUUGGAUGACAAAUGCACUAAACUAGUCCUGCUCUCAAUAAUUAGCUUAAUUUCUAGUAUUUCGAUGUGAACUUUUCUCUGUCAAUACAAUGCUGAAAAAUAUAAUUAACAUUCUCUGACUGGGGGCUGCACAAUUCUUACUUUCCACUGUGGAGUUUGCCUAAGCACCCACAAAAUGGACAUAGUGCUUAAUUAUUUUUGUGCUGUAAAACUUUGGAACUUGCAUUAAAUGGUUUUCCUGAUGGUUACCCAUUGAUGCAACUCAUAACUUUACCUUUAAUUGUACAACAAAUUGCAAAAUAAAAAAAAUGAUGAAGCUGCUUGUGUCUCGCUAGCUGGGUAAUAAAUAAAGAGCCAGCUUUAAUAGAUGACACUGUGCAGACACUAAACUCUGUCCAUUAUCUUGCUAGGCUAAAGCACUGCUCUGAGCUGUUUUAGUUAUUUCAUUUGCUAAAAUCGAUGCAUGUCACGAUAAGGAAGGUUUCGUCCCUAGAAUAUUAACUUUUUUUAUAUUUUUAACAAGUUUAAAGCUGUGAAUUAUUAAACUAAAAAAACAAAUUUUACCACAAUUUACCCCAAAUGUGAAUCCUUUCAGUGCAUGUUUCACAAGAGUUAACUGUAAGAUCCCUAAUUACUGCUUUUAGGACAAUUUUCCUAGAGUUUUUACUCUCUUAGUAAAGAAAGUCCACUAUCUUGCACAGGUAAAAAUGGAAAUCAAAAAAGAGCAGUAAAGUCAUUGCUGCCUAGCUUCUAAAAUGCUGUGAGGGGCUGCUAUUAAGGCUACUGUGUUACCUUUCACACUGGCUGUUUUAGCAGUAUAAUAUUUUGCAAAUAAAAUAAAAUAUAUAUAUAUAAUGUGCUUUCGUAAAUAACUGACCUUACAGAUUAGUGUUCUUAUCAGCCUCUCAGUAUAAGCAGAUGGCAUUCAAAAUGGAAUAAUAAAAGAGUAUUAACUGAAGUCGACAUCUUUUGUGUUUAUUUACUGAAAUGAGUACAGGAUGGUAAUGCCAAGGACAGGCCUGUUUAUUUAAAGAGAAGAGCAAGGAAGGAAUAUAUGCUUGGAGAUUACAAGGAAGGAAGGAAAUAAGGAGGGAGCUCAUCUUUUUUUAACCCUUUCUUGUCUUUUCUGUUCUAUACCUUUCGGCUCUUUUGGACUGGAACACAGUACUGGUGUCUAAAUGGUAAGGCACAUCGAAGGGAUACUGUUGGAUCUCACUGAUGUCAAUGAGUGCCCUCAACCCAUUUCUUCAGUAACAAGCAAGAUUUAAAAAGCCAGCAAUGUUGUGCAGCAGCAAGGUUAUUAUUGUGGAACGAUACUGUCUUUAAGUAUAAGCACUGAGAUUUUCAAAGCCCACAAUGCCAUUGGAUAGAUUUUAUAUCGGACCGCUGCUUCUUUUGCUCAUUAGUAGCUUUCCCAGAACUGUGCAGACUAAGAACUUGACACUGGCCGUGGUCCUUCCACGUUACAACACGGCCUAUCCAUGGGCUUGGCCACGUGUUGGGCCUGCAAUUGAUCUUGCCUUUGAAAAGAUAAACCAGGACCCAAACCUCCUGCGGGGGUACAUUCUGCACUAUGUGUUUGAAAGCAGCGAAGAUGACACAGGCAAUUGCUCUGAUUCCAUAGCACCCCUGGUGGCUGUUGAUCUAAAGUUUGCCCAUAAUCCUUCUGCUUUCAUUGGUCCUGGCUGUGACUACACAUCUGCUCCAGUUGCGCGAUUCACCUCUCAUUGGAAGGUCCCCUUAAUCACGGCUGCUGCUUCAGCCAAUGGGUUUUAUCAACAGAAGACUACCUACUCUUUCAUGACGAGGACUGGCCCAACACAGAAUAAACUGGGCGAGUUUCUGAUUCACUUACAUCAGUUUUUUAACUGGAACCGCCAUGCACUCCUUGUUUAUGUUGAUGAGAAAAUAGAUGACAGGCCUUGCUAUUUUGUCGCUGAAGGAGUCUACGAACAACUGAAAACCGUGAACAUUUCUGUCUUGGACACUGUGUUCCAGGAGAAGGAAGGCAACGUGGAUUUUCAUCACCUUCUUCAGCAGAUAAAGUCGAAAGGAAGGAUUGUAUACGUCUGCUGCUCACAGGACACUUUUCGGAAACUGAUGAUCCUUGUGCUGAAAGCGAACUUGCCUCUAGGGGACUAUGUGUUCUUCUACCUUGACGUAUUCGGAUCUAGCCUGCAAUCUGAUCAGCGCAAGCCCUGGUUUCGAGGAGAUGCAGACGACGCUCUUGCCAAGGAAGCCUACAAGGCAGUAAUGAUCAUCACCUAUAAGGAGCCCGAUAAUCCUGAAUAUGAAAUGUUUGUGGAAGAAGUGAAGACGAGAGCCCUGAAAACAUACAACUUCUCAAUAAACAAUUCACUGAUGAACUUAAUUUCUGGAGGCUUCUAUGAUGGCGUGAUGCUCUACAGCCUUGCUGUGAAUGAAACCCUGAUCAACGGUGAAGUCAAUCCUGAUGGAAGAAUAGUCACAAAGCAGAUGUGGAACCGUACGUUCAAUGGAGUGACAGGGUUGCUCAAGAUUGAUGAAAAUGGAGAAAGAGAAAUGGAUUUCUCUCUCUGGGAUAUGGCAAAUGUCACUAGAGGAAUAUUUCAGGUUGUGUCCAACUACAAUGGUACUCUAAAACGCAUCAUCCCUGUCCCGGGUGUUGAAAUUCACUGGCCGGGAAAUGGUGUCCCUAGAGAUAUUCCUCCAUGUGGAUUUGAAAAUGAAGACCCUGCUUGCAAACAAAGUAAUACCAUUCCCACACUGGAAAUCAUGUCCAUUGUGGUCAGCCUUAUUCUGUGUUGCAUGGUUGUCAUAUCUUUCUUCAUAUACAGAAAGCUGAAACUGGAGAAGGAACUGGCUGCAGAGCUUUGGAGAAUUCACUGGGAAGACAUUCAGAAUAGCAUCCUGGACAAGAACCUCCGAAGCACUGGCAGUAAGCUGACCCUAUCACUGAGAGGGUCCAACUAUGGCUCACUUCUCACCACUGAGGGAAACUUUCAGAUUUAUGCCAAGACUGGAUACUACAAGGGCAAUGUUGUCGCCAUUAAAUACAUCAACCGGAAAAGGAUAGAACUGACAAGGAAGGUUCUCUUUGAGCUGAAACAUAUGCGUGAUGUCCAGAAUGAACAUCUUACCAGAUUCAUUGGUGCAUGCAUCGACCCGCCAAAUAUGUGCAUUAUUACAGAAUACUGCCCCAGGGGCAGUCUCCAGGAUAUUAUGGAAAAUGAGAGUAUAAACUUGGACUGGAUGUUCAGAUACUCCUUGAUUAAUGACAUAGUGAAGGGCAUGGCCUUUCUUCACAACUGCGUGAUUGUUUCACAUGGGAACCUGAAGUCUUCAAACUGUGUAGUAGACAGCCGAUUUGUUUUGAAGAUCACAGACUAUGGCCUGGCCAGUGUCCGCACUGCCUCUGACUGUGAAGACACCCAUUCAUUCUAUGCAAAGAAACUUUGGACGGCACCAGAGUUAUUACGGAUGGAGAACCCACCACCACAGGGAACACAGAAAGGAGAUAUUUACAGUUUUGGAAUCAUUGUUCACGAGAUUGCUUUCAGAAAUGGACCUUUCUAUAUAGAGGGACCACCACUGAGCCCCAAAGAGAUAAUAGACAAGGUGAUUCUUGGAGAGCGACCAUACUUCCGCCCCUUUGUGAGUUCCCUCUGCCACACGGAGGAGCUUGGGCAGCUAAUGCAGAGGUGCUGGGCAGAAGAUACUUUUGAACGACCUGAAUUCAGUCAAAUUAAGAUUCUUUUACGUAAAUUUAACAGGGACAUCAGUACAAACAUACUCGAUAAUCUUCUUUCUAGAAUGGAACAGUAUGCUACCAAUCUGGAAGAACUGGUAGAAGACCGAACUCAGGCCUACCUAGAAGAGAAGCGCAAAGCUGAAGCUCUUCUGUACCAGAUACUGCCACAUUCAGUGGCAGAACAGCUGAAGAGAGGAGAGACUGUGCAGGCUGAAGCCUUUGAUACAGUCACAAUUUAUUUCAGUGACAUUGUUGGCUUCACAGCAUUGUCAGCAGAGAGCACCCCAAUGCAGGUCGUCACUCUGUUAAAUGAUCUCUACACAUGCUUCGAUGCCAUCAUAGACAACUUUGAUGUUUACAAGGUGGAGACCAUUGGUGAUGCCUACAUGGUAGUCUCAGGAUUACCUGUUCGCAACGGGAAGCUCCAUGGGCGAGAGAUUGCACGCAUGUCAUUGGCCCUUCUUGAAGCUGUCCGGUCCUUCAAGAUUAGACAUCGUCCAGAUCAGCAACUCAAACUAAGGAUUGGAAUUCAUAGUGGUCCCGUAUGUGCAGGAGUAGUUGGUCUGAAGAUGCCACGAUAUUGUCUGUUUGGAGACACAGUAAACACUGCCUCUCGCAUGGAAUCCAAUGGAGAAGCUUUGAAAAUCCAUGUGUCAGCAGCUACCCGAGCCGUCCUGGAGGAAUUUGGUUGUUUUGAUCUGGAACUGAGAGGCGAUAUCGAGCUGAAAGGCAAAGGAAAGAUGAGGACAUACUGGCUACUAGGAGAGAGAAGCUGCAGCACGUGAGACUGGAAGUGCGUUGAAAUACCCAGAAAGAAAGAAAGAAAGAAAGAAAGAAAGAAAGAAAGAAAGAAAGAAAGUCCUUUGUUUCAAGGGUAAUUACAGUCUAAGACUGACAAAGUCUUAGGUUAAAACCAGCACAAGGAAUUCAACUCCCUCUUUGCUCCCCAGAUCCUGUUAUCUCAGUGGAGUGUGUGACUUUGUGUGUGUGAGCGUGUCAGUUUUAAUGUAGCAAACAGCACCUCCUAAUGGCCAAAGCGUGCUACCCUGUCUUUCAUGAACAGACUCAUGACUUUCACCAUGGAAGAUGGUCUCACUGUGAAGGGACAUUCGAGACUCAAUGAAUGAAAAUGCAUCCUCAUCAGCAUCUCUGGCCUAACUAUCAAAAUUUGCAAAGUGGAUCUAUAUAUACUCAGUGUGUAUGUGUUUAUAUUUUUCUUUUAUAUAUAUAUAUAUAUAUAUAUAUAUAUAUAUAUAUAUAUAUAUAUAUAUAUAUAUAUAUAUAUACUAUAUAUAGAAUUUUAACAGUUACAGAUACUCUAGGAUGUAUAGCCAUUUUUCAGCCAUUCAGACAAAACAGAAGCAGUCAAGUCUGAAUCCCAUUCAUGUGUUCUUAGACGAUGAGAGGAAAACUGUGAAGAUUUUACUGAAAGCACCACACUCCAAAAAAAACAUAUAAAGGCCAAAAGGUAAAACAAUGCUAAUGAUUAUAUGGAUGAUUUGUGCAUAAAUGAGCUGGUCUCUGUUCUGUUUCCAGAGCUGUUUGGAAUCGCCUCAAAUGGACUCCUGCACCAAGACUGAAAUAUUUCUCUUUCUUUUCUCCUUUCUCACGCAGUUUAUAUUGAUAAAGCCGUUUGAUCUUCUAACAGAACAGACAAACGGCUCCUCACACUUGUCAUUUUUAUGGGAUAAGCUUUUCAGUUGAAACUGUGAGAUUGUUUUCUUUUCAGCUGCCACAAGACAAUAUCAGAUUGAAAGAUAUUGUACUGGAUGAAUGCUGCAGAUGGGACAGGAGCAAAGAUAAUAUCAUUUUUCUAUUAAACAAAACAGUCCUAAAAUGCCAGUGCCACCAAGACCACUAGACUCUUUGCACUAACUAGUCCAUUGGAUGGAAGAGGAUUUAUAUUAUCCACAACAGUGGGAGGAAAUGAGCAAAAUCGAAGAAAUGGUGCACAAUCAGAUUCAUGAGUGUUUCAGAGAAAUUGUGGGUCACCCUUUCAUUUUCAGAAUCCUCCCCGCCUGGCCACUUGUGUGUUCUGAGUAUUCGGAGGCCAGCGAUGUGGAGGUCUCACUGAUAAUCAAUGGCUGGCUGACACCACCGUGUAAACCACAAUGGACCUGGUGGCAUCAUAUAUACAGUUUUGAAUCUUGGAAUGUUCUCCAAGUGUCAUAAUAAUAAUAAUGGAAUUUUUUUCUGUUAUACAAAUGUUCUAUUAAUGACUGUUGAAAAGCAAAAAUGGAGGCUUAAAGAUUUACAUAGUACUCCCUCCCCGUAAAAUGAUCUGUAUUUAUUACUAUAACUAUCCUAUAGAAUAUACUUCUAUUUUUUCAAUGUUCUUGUUGAAUUAUGACUAUGCCCUCUGUGUUAAUUGAGAGGGUUGCAGAAAAAGGAAACAUAUUUUUAGUUUUGCUAGCUGAGGGCUUUUUGUUCACUGUGUUGUAGGAUUGUUACAGUCCUUUUUUAACUACUGUAUCCUGAAUAAUUAACAUUGCGUGCAGCACUUUCACCUCAUAAUUUCUUUGCAUUGGGGGAACCGACGAUUGCUGUAUUCGAUCUGGCUGGGACAGCGUAACACACAUGCAAUAACAAAAGGCAAACAGAAAAUAGGGCUAUUCAAUUCAUUUGUGACAAAAAAUUGGUUACAUUUAGUGUGAAACAGUUUGUGUUCAUUUUCAAAAUGAUUUUUUCAUGACAAAUUAACCUGAAGAUUGAAAAGCAUUUUUUAGUUUAUUUCCCUUAUAGAUUUAAAUCCACAAAAGUCACUUUUGCUUUAAAAACAAUAGACAUGUGCCAAAUGUCAGAUGUCUUCUUUUCAGCGCUCUGUAGAUUGUUUGCCAUUUAUAAGAAAGAACCCCAAUGAAUGAAGUCUUUACCGUCUCUAGAGAAAUAACGUAGAGUGGCAACGCACAGGACUGUAUUCAGUAUGGCAGAGCAAAGUAGUGGGAAAACCGCCCACACUCUCAGGAAAGAAAGGCUCCGUCGAGCUCUGGCGGCCAGCGCAGAUCUGCUGCCCACAUGAAGCAGAGACUGGCUGCAGUCCUGUGGAGCUCACUGACCAGCGUCGUCCUCUGCCUUCGUGUCUGCAGUAUAGUAGCAACACCUCUUUUAAUGUAUGUAGAGUGCUUUCUUUUUUGCUACUGCUCCAGAAAUGUUCUAUAAGAAUAAUUCUUUUAAAAAAGUAAAAAAAAGAAAUAUAAAUAAACAAAUAUUGUACCAAUGCAA